AUGGUUAUUUCUUUAGAGCCUACUGCUGCUGCUGUGGACGACGAUUUGGAUUUGUUCGGGAGUGAUGAUGACUCUGCUGUGGACCUGAAGGCCCAAAUGGCUGCCAAGCAGAAGAAGGCGGUACCUCCUCCCAAGAAGGAGAAGAAGCCGGUGAUUGCCAAGUCCUCAGUGACUAUGGAGGCGAUGCCGUACGACGCGGAGAAAGACAUUAGUCAGAUGUAUGAGACACAUAUUAAGAAGAUUGAGAUCGACGGCUUGGUAUGGGGCCCUACCGGCAAGGUGGCUGCGGGUCCCUUUGGCUUAACUACUCUCAUCUUCGGUUGCGCCAUCGAGGACGAGAAGGUCCAACUCGAGGCCAUCGAGGAAGCCGUCGAAGUUCUUGGCAUGACUCCCGAGGAUGCCGCCAAGUACUGCGAGAUGAGACGCACCGGCGAACUCGAAGACUAUGAGGAGGAGUGGCCUGGCAAACUUAUCGGCACCGUAAAGGUCACUUCCUUUAACAAGAUCUAA